GACAAAAAAGACAGUGAUGUCAAUGCAAGAAGUCUUGUUUACCCAACAUUAGACUCCGUACUGAUAUAUUACGUAAUCUUGCAAAAUAAACAUUAGUAGAUUAUCAUCUAGUAAGACAAACGUGUAGCACAUCACUAAUACCAAAAGAAUAUGUAUGCCAAUGGCCGGCCUCAGGCAUCAAGUAUUCUUUAAUUUUCUAGUGCUUCUGUCUGCAAAUGCUCUGCUCCACUUGACACUUGAUUAAAACUGCUUUUUGUUGCUGAAUUGGCAAGAUCUUAAAACCUUCAGCCAGGUAGCAACACAAUAUGACUGACAACAUGGGAGAAGGUUUAUUAAAUGGGAGUAGUCUCAGAAAAGCAAGUUGGAAAUCCCAUGUUACUGCAAAUGUUGUUUUGAGCUCCUCAGUUGCUGCCUGUGGUUACUUUGCCUAUGGAUUUGCUGGUGGAUAUCCAUCUCCUGCUCAAUCAGGGAUCAUGGAUGACCUGGGACUCUCUAUAGCAGAAUACUCAGUUUUUGCUUCAAUCAUAACAUUUGGAGGAAUGAUUGGGGCUCUGAUAAGUGGAAAGGUGGCUGAUUUUUUCGGCAGGAGAGCUACAAUGUGGCUUUUGGAUUUAUUUAUUAUCUUGGGCUGGUGUUCAAUAAUCUUUGGCAAGAGAGCUUGGUUGCUUGAUGCUGGAAGGUUGCUUAUGGGAGUUGGUGUGGGAAUUCAGUUAUAUGUGGCACCUAUAUACAUUUCAGAGGUCGCGCCAAAAAAUGUCCGAGGGUGCUUUCUAGCUGCUGCUUCAUUUACGCUGGUUCUUGGAUUUUCACUGGCAUAUUACAUUGGAAAUAACAUGAGCUGGCGUACUUUAGCCCUAGUAGGUGCUACCCCUUGCUUUAUACAGGUGCUAGGUGUAUUCUUCAUACCAGAGUCUCCUCGGUGGUUGUCGAAAAAUGGUUUGGAGAAGGAGGUAGAAGCAUCACUACAACGUCUGAGGGGGGCAAAUGCAGAUAUUUCCACUGAAGCGACUGAAAUAAAAGACUAUACUGAAAUAGUUCAGCAACACUCAGGAUCCAAAUUUAUGGAUUUGUUCAGUAGGAAAUAUGCCCGUCCACUGAUUGUUGGAACUGGAUUAAUGGCUCUUGUACAGUUUGGAGGGACCAGUGCGAUAACUUCUUUUGCCAGUUCAAUUUUUAGAGCAGCAGGUUGUGCGGCAGACUCAGCAUCUAGAGUCAUGGCUGUUCUCCAGGUUCCAUUUGCUGCCAUGGGUAUUAUCCUUACAGAAAAAGCUGGGCGAAGACUUCUUAUGAUGGUUUCUUCUGCUGGGGCUUGCUUGGGAUGCUUUCUUGUUGCAUUGGGAUUUCUUUUCGAGGAUCAUCAUCAAUCUGCAGAGCUAACCUCUUCAAUGGUGUUCUCUGGCAUAAUGCUCUUUUCUGUAUCUUUCACGAUGGGCAUGGGUAGUACACCCUGGAUUAUCAUGUCAGAGAUACUUCCUAUAAACAUCAAGGGUUCUGCUGGAAGUCUUACGACAUUGAUCAGCUGUUUUACUUCGUGGAUAGUUUCUUAUACUUUUAAUUUCCUAUUCCAAUGGAAUGCAGCAGGAGUGUUCUUCAUGUUUGCAUUCUUUUGUGGCUCAGUCGUUGUAUUUGUUGCAAUGCUGGUACCAGAGACUAAGGGCCGGACACUUGAAGAAAUCCAGGCAUCGAUGACAUUACUCCAAUGAUAUCUUCUUCAUUCACGUCUGCUUAUUUUGAACUUCUUCAGACUACUUUAUCAUUCAGAAUUGUAACUUUAUAUCAUUUGUUAUGUUCAUAUGUAAAUCUUAUCAAAUACUAUAUAAUAACAUGAAUGUGCUCAUGAGAGAGUGAAGAUCAGAGUUUUGGAAUUGGAAGUCGAACCAUAAUUCAGUGUUGGA